ACUCAAACGCAGCUACUGUUUGUCGUAGCCAUGGUUUGAGAGUGUUUUUGCGCGAUCACUACCGUAAUGUGCUGUAUACAUGCGAGCGGAAUUUGAAGCGCGGAUGGUUUGACCUGCAGAAGUUCCUACAGAAGAAGAGGAGGAGGAUGAGGAGGAGCUUUUGUUUAAAAGACCACCGAAUUGUUCGCUAUCUGUCGUUUUCCUGCUGUCUCCUUUCUUUUCUACACGUUCUCCAAACGUGUGGUUUUAGAGUGCUCUGAUUAUUAUUAUUAUUAUUAUUAUUAUUAUUAUUAUUAUUAUUAUUAUUAUUAUUAGCUUAUGAUCGAUUUAUGGUUUUUAAUGAACUUUUGUCCACAAACUGAGGAUUAAGGAAACACAUUGUAGGACUCGAAAUUUCUUCCGAAUGGAUAUUAAUACCACAAAGCUGCUGUUAUUUUUUGUAUUUGGAAUUUUAGCAAAAGAGAACAUUGAAUUGAAAGUCACAUGCAGUCCUGGAGUUCUGGAGUGUAAUAAGACAGCUCUUCACCUUGAGAUGGAGGAGUGUGGAGGACGCUUCAAGACUGAUAUGGCUGAGUUAGACCCCCAGAAUUGGUGCAACUUAACACAUUUUAUUAGACAGUACCACUACUUUACAUCCUGCACAGAGAACAAUGCAGUGAAAAUCGGCUGCUUUUGGCCUCACCCAGUCGUAGAGCACUAUAUUAUCCUUAUCCACAAACAAUUUUUUUUCAACUGCACUUCUACACUCGUGGUCUGGAGUGACAAUCAAGAAGACACUUUGACCUUAACCAUAGAUAUUCUUAUCAUAGUUCCAGUCUUUCUAACACUGGCCAUGGUCACAUCAGUGGUAUGGUGCAGCAAGAAAAGAUAGUACCUAUAGGCUAAAAUGUUAUGUAUACUAUAUACAAGACCUGUUUCACCACUUACACAUUAAACUUGGCUCUAUGA